GGACCAAAAAGGAAGUCAAGUUCCUUCCCUCCUAUUUCAAUCUGCUGAGCCACCAAACUUGUGGGUUUGUGGUUGCAAAACAAAUCCCUAUUUCAUAAGGCGGAGAAGAAGCCAUUUCACCAUCAAGUGACCGGAUCUAAGAAAGAGAAACAAAAAGUCCUGAUAGCCUUUCUCCCAAGGUCUGCUGGGUCUUAAGUUGUCACAGGGGCCCUGCCCUGAGCAUGUGACUGGACACUGUGGUUCCAGUUCAGCCACCCCAGCCCUGCAGUCGUGCUGCAGAAAGCCAAGCCGUGGGACAGGAGGCGGCUUGUGACAACGAGCUUGUGUCAGGAGCCACAAGGAGCCCCGCAGCUGCUCGGUGCCUCUGGCCAACGCUUCCCUCUGCAGAAGCCCUGCUCGAGCGAAUACUGAGGGAGCCAAGAGGGACGUGAUGCUGCCUGUGACCCAUGUGCUGGCCUUGGGCGCUUGGCUGGUGUCACUGGGCGAGGCUACACCAAGUGCCCCCACAAUUUCCAUCUUCCAGAAGCCACCAGGGGUGAUCCCACCUGGAGGCUCCACCACCAUCUACUGCAUUUGCCAGUGCAGCAGUGGGAGCUUUAGGAUGUACAAGGGCGGCCACCAGCUCCCCACCCUGGAGCAGAGUGGUGGCAGGGCCGAGUUCUCCAUCUCUAAUGCCACCUACGAGGACACAGGUAACUACGUCUGCCAUUACCUGGAGGGAGACACUGAGCUGGUGAGGGAUGUGCUGUUUCCCCUCUUGUGGGGUCACGCCCCAGGGCACACCAGGAUGCCUGUGGCCAUUUCCAUGAUGGACAAGGUUUUUCUCCUCUUUCCUGGCUUGGAGAGGUGGGGACCAUCUUCACCUCUGCCUGAGGCAGUUGGUGGCUUCACAGAGAUCCUGGUGCUCCUGGCACCACGUCAAAGCCCUCUGCACCUUCUCAUUCCCUCUCCUGUCCCCCCAGAGCUCCGUCUGCCCCGACCUGACCUCUCUGUCCUGCCUGGGCACGAGGUGGAUGUGGGAGCUGAGGUGAUGUUCCGCUGCACCACCACACAGCCCAGCACCGGCUGUUACCUGUACCUGGAGGGCCAGAUGAAAGUGCUGCUGUUCCUCAGGGAACAAGGGAACCACAACUUCUCCCUUGUGCAGAAAGGUCACAGCGGCCGCUACAGCUGCCAGUGCAUGAAUGGUUUGAAAGAGUGGUCUGCUGUCAGCAACACCCUGGACUUGGUGGUGAGAGGUGAGACAUCGCCCCAGCCACAUCCUGCUCCACUCUUCCUCCCUGCAAUCUGUCACAUCCUGGGGGAACUAGAAAGAGUUUAG